AUGUCGAAACAAUCUUCACCCAAGCACAUGCAUGUCUCAACUGAAACCAGUGGAUCAUCAUCUCCAACUGCUAGAGCAGAUGAACCAUUCCAAAUGAUCAAUCUGUCUGAUCUUGUCUUGGAUGUUGCUCCCUUAUCCAUGAUUCAUCCAUCCACUCAGAAGAAAGCAACGCCAUCUAUUUCAAAGAAUGUCAAGACUUCUGGUAAAUCUUCUAUUUUUGAGCCUACAAUCCUUAGUGGAGAUAAGACUGUUGUUGAAGAGGGUUCUAGGUCUAAAGUUUAUGAGAUGAGAAACCCUACGAAGCAUACAGGUGUCAUUGAGAAUCAAACUGGAGUGGAAAGGAUAACCAUUGAUAAGAUUAAGAAGAAGGUUGAUGAAUGUGUCCUUGAGCAAGCUACUCAUGAAAGAAUAAGUAAGAAGAAGGAUGAUCAUGUUGUCAAUGUUGAUGACCUAACAUCUGAUAAGGAACCUUUUACCAACAUCAUGACUCUUGGCAUAGCCAAGAGACUUCCGAGAAGAAAAGGAAAGGUUAUGAUGUUUGAAGAUUCUCCUUCUAAGGAGGUAAAAAGAAAAUCCGGUGGUAUGAAAAGCACUCCCUCUAGAAGUUCCAAAGGAAAAUCUCAUGUUGGUCCUGCUAGAUCAUGGAGUAAAGUUAAUACACCUACGAGGAAAAGGAAAGUUGUUUAUUCAAGUGAUUAUGAGUUUGAGGUCGAAGAGGAUGUCCAGGACAUCACUUAUGUGAGAAGAUAUGCUAAGAAGAAGCCUUAUGAUGUUGUGCCCGUGGCUCCACUAGACAAUAAUGCUGGAAGAUGCGAGUAUGUUAUUCAAAGGAGGAUAGCUUUUGAGAGGGAAUUCGGUAAGGAUGCCCUAAAAUGUAAGGAGGUUGUGGAGCUUAUAGAGGCUGUUGGAUUAAUGAAGAUUGUCACAAAUUUUGGUCCUUGUUAUGAAAGUCUAGUCAAGGAGUUUGUGGUGACCAUUCCUGAUGGGUGUGAUGAUGUGAAGAGUAAAGAUUAUAGGAAGGUGUAUGUUAAAGGAAAUGUCAUAAAAAUUUCUCCUGAUGUGAUCAACAAGUUUCAGGGAAGGACUGAAGAACCUCAGGCUGAGCUAGAGAUUACAGAUGACCAAGUGUGCAAGGAGAUAACUGCCAAGCAGUUGAAGAAAAGGGAAUCUCCUUUAUCCCUAGAUUACAAACUGUUUGCUGGAACACAUUUUCCAAAUAUUGUCAUGACAUCUUCUCAGUUGAAAAAGACAUGUAAAGAAUUGGAUGAUUUCAUUCGGUCUAGCACUGCUACAAAGAUAAAGCUUGAAAAAUUGAUCAAGGCUUUGAUGGAAGAAGAGGAAAAGGAAGCUGAACAUGGUGGUGAUGACAAUGUUGGAGCUGAUGUUGAGGACUCUGCUGGUGGCAAUGAUGUUGAGAAUGAUGAAGAAGUUGAAGAAGAGGAGUAUGCUACUACAGACUCAUAUAGUCAGGAAGAUAUCUGA